UGUGAGGCGCCUUUGGCACAUUCGCGCGCCCUGCGGUCCCAAAGUGGCGCGCAAUGAAAUCUUGGAGAGACGGAGGCGAGAAAGAAGAUCAGCAUCUCAUAUUCAACACAUUUUUUUCUCACCACCGAAUGUGCGCCGAUGUUUGCUUUGGCUAAUAUUGAGCGACAACUAAACAAAGAUGUGUGGAAAAUGAACAGGGUUUCUUCAAAAGAACAAAGUAGAAGGGAACUGGACGCACGGUAUUUCACUUUUAUUGUCGCUUUUCUUGACGGAACAACUAAAGUACAAAAUAGCGUGUUCUAUAGCGUAUAUGGAGUGACAGACAACCAGUUAAAACCAGACAAAUUUGAGAAGAUUCAUGCUGUAGUAGACUACACAUGACAAAGGUUGUAAAAGCAGUCUUUGGACUCACUGUACGUAUAGUGCGCAUCAUUUAGGACUGCGGGCAUCAAACAUCCCAAAGCGAGAAAACUGGAAGUCUAGGUCAGGAAAAAAGUAAAAACAGAUCUCAUAUGCUCGUCAAAUGUCUGUAUUAGCAUCUCCCCGCUGUAUCUUUCAUCGGAUGCGUAAAUUCACGUAAUACGCGGGACGACUGAUUUGGCGCAGCGACCCAAAGGAUGAGCCGGAUGCUGCGCCCGCAUCAUGGAAAAGCAGAAGGGCACGAGGGUUUACAGAGAGCCGCAUCCUCUGCACUAAAACACAACACGGAGUCUUUACACCGCCCGAGUGAAGGACGUUAGAUAUUGGGCGUUGAACUCUUCUUGGGUGGAUUUAUGUGGAUGCCGAAUCCACGGGAUACCCUGGAUGGAGAGCUACUUUAUUGACCUCGAGGAUAUUCUAGGCUCUCGGAUCGUGCAGAAGCCGCUCGAGACUCAUCCAUGUCAUUGCAUCGGUCGCUGUCCACUGCGCUCGUGGUGCUGAAAUGUGGAAGAUGCCGGCGCAGCGACUGCAGGGCUGCCGCUCCCUUCACAUCAACGAAGACAAUGGACGCUUUCUGCUGCUCGCCGCGCUCAUCAUCGUGUACCUGCUGUGCGGCGCGGCGGUGUUUUCCGCCAUCGAGAGGCCGUCCGAGCUGCGAGCCCACGGGCGCUGGAACCGGACCCUCGUGAACUUCAGCGACACGUUUAAUAUCAGCGUGGAGGAUCUGAACUCUCUGUUGAAGGAGUAUGAAGCUGCCAUUGCCGCAGGAGCUCGGGUCGAUGCUCUACGGCCCAGAUGGGAUUUCACAGGGGCGUUUUAUUUCGUCGCAACGGUGGUGUCCACUAUAGGUUUUGGGAUGAGCACGCCGGUGACAGUCGCUGGAAGGAUCUUCUUGAUCUUCUACGGUCUGUUGGGUUGCGCAGCCACCAUCCUCUUCUUCAACCUCUUUCUGGAGCGCAUCAUCACCCUGCUGGCCGUGGUAAUGAAGGCCGUGCGUCUGCGCCGCUUGCGUACCAGCGGCCUCCUCCCGCCGGGGAUCUGCCAGGACUUUGCCGCGAGCACCCUGCCUGGCUGGAAACCCUCCGUCUAUCACGUGAUGCUGAUCCUCGGCCUGUCCUCCAUGGUGAUAUCCUGCUGCGCGUCUGCCAUGUAUACGCCGGUGGAGGGCUGGGCGUACCUGGACUCUCUCUACUUCUGUUUCGUCACCUUCAGCACCAUCGGUUUCGGGGAUUUGGUGAGCAGUCAAAACGCCGCGUACGGCUACCAGGGCCUGUACCGACUGGCCAACUUCUUCUUUAUCUUGACUGGCGUCUGCUGUAUUUACUCUCUGUUUAACGUCAUCUCCAUCGUCAUCAAGCAGGUCCUCAACUGGAUGUUGGGAAAAAUGAGUUGCCUAUGUUGCCAGCACUGCAACAAAGCAAACGCUUUCCUAGGACGCCGCAACGCAAUCAGGCCAGGCUCGCGACUCCGGCGGGGACGCUUCGGACGUCCGCCUGACUCCGAGGGACCGUGUGAUAGUGACACGGAGGGCCGGAGGCUCUCCGGUGAGAUGAUCUCAAUGCGAGACCUGACGGGAUCCAAUAAAAUCUCUCUGGCCAUCAUGCAGAAACAGCUCUCGGAUUCGGCCAACGGAUACCCGAGAACCGUGUCACGGCAGAACGGCUUUUCUGGCGGCGUUGGUGCGCUGGGCAUAAUGAACAACAGAUUAGCAGAAACCAGUGACUCUAGGUAGAGAUGAGCUUUGUCUGACCAGUUUAAGGAUAUCAAAUAUGGUUAAAGCCUUGUAAUUCCUUUUGGAAGUGCUGCUUGGGUCUGCCUUGAGCUUGUGUUAGAACAGCAUGGCAUGCAUGACCUGUGUAGGAUCAUCUAUUAAGAUUGGAAUUAUAUUAUCAGUAGAAUUUUUAAAUAGAGAUGUACCACGUUUUGGGCCAAGAACACGUCUACUAUGAGGAGCGAAGAAGUGAUGUAUUUCAACAUAUAUGUCAACAUAGCUGUGAUGAACUAAAUCCGAUUUCUUAAACAUGUACGCAUUACUGUUCACCUAGGGCGUUUAUACGAACGGAGGAGUGGUUUUCUUGACCAAAAUGGUACAGGUAGCAUCCUUUUUCAAUUCAUCUAGAUAGCACACUAUAUACACAACUAUGCAUCUUUAUGUUAUAAAUACAAACAAACAAUACAGAAGUUUUCACUUCAUCCCAAUUCACAGUAUACUAUACACCAAAAAGAACAGUUUAUACUUUUUUUGAGCGUGACAUUAAAUGUAUUGGGACGUCCACUUCUCAUAAACGGUUUUGACUGCUUUAGUCAUGUCCCAGCAACAGUUUGGGCAGGACCCCUCUUCAACAUGACAAUGUUCCGGUACACAAAGCAAUAUUCAAAAAGAAAUGAUUGAUUCAUGCCCUAUCCACACAGCUUUUUCUAAGCGGUUUGGCUGUUCGUCCACAAGCAAAUGCAGUUUCACUGAAUCUUCACUCCUGACAGGGUGAAGUUUUUCGGAAACUCCGGUUGAAGCGUUGUUGUGUAGCCUAUAACAGAACCGGCAGCAACCUUUUUUCAUACUUCUGAUUGGCCAACAUGGCUUUACAGUUGGCACCCGUUGGUUUUGUGUGCUGUUUACAGCGCUUUAAAGACUGUUUUUUCAUUGUCAUGUGGACAGAUUUUUUUUGAAAAUGUUUUGAAAAUGACUGGAAUAGAUAAACAUGUUUAUAAGAAGGAGCUUCCCAAUACUUUUCUCCAUAUAGUGUUUUUUCUAAAAUCAUGAAAAUGUGUUCUACAAUGAUUGCGUACUGUUUGCGUAUAAAGGUUUUCACUUUUCUUUAGUUGAUGGAGAGCGAUUCAUUUUCUUGGAUAGCUCGAAAAGAGUGGAGAGCGGAGAGUUUAUUAUCCAGACCACCAUAUUAUCCACACUGCUGUAUUUUGAACACACUAAUGCUUAGCUUGUGUAGUAUUUAGCACAAGUACAUGAAUCGGGAUGCAGCACUUCAAAGGGAAAUCUGGUAGAAUUGAAGCUUUAUAGUUAUAUAUAAAGUUCAUGUGAUUUAAGUUUCCUUUAUCGAAGUAGUUUGUAGUAGAUUGUAAACCGCAUAAACCAGCAUCAGCAUGUUGUUGAUGCUGUAACGGUAAAAUACGAAAAUGAAUCCAAAAAAUUGCCCUUGAAUUUAAUAUUGGCAAAUUAAAAGUGCAAAGCCCUCAAUUCUGUUUGUCUUUAAAUUGUUGGUGUGAUCCAAUGUUAACUAACUAAGAAAUGAUAUGAAAGCAUAAGUUGGUUGUUCAUUAUUAACAUCUUACAUUAGUCAUGUAUGAGCUGUGAAAGGACUCAAAAUUCAUAACGGUUCGACUGAGAUCACAUUCUCUCCCCGCAUGCAUUAUAUAACCCCUACUGCAUUUACCGUCUCCCUUCCCUCUUACAUAAAUCACAGAGUCCUCGAUUGCGUAUAUGCGAAAGACAUACAGAAACAAAAGAAUACGAAUCGAAGUGGCUUUGUUUGAAAUAAGGUCAUCUUAGGGUACAAGACAUCUAUGAGACAUUUUGUUGCUCCCCAUAGAGGAGACGGGAGAGAUGGAGAGAGGCGAGGAGACAGAACAAAGUGAAAAAGCCCCAUAAGAACAGAUGAGCCAUUUAUAAAUGCAGAACAAGACUUUUAGUGGAACUCAGAACAGUUCAUGUGCCGGGCCAGGAGCUCAACGUUAUAGUGCCCUCGGUAGUGUGAAUACUAUUAUCCAAACCUGCCAUACAAACACAGCUGCUUGUUAAUCCUCAUUUGUCUACUGUCGUCCUAGGUAUACAAUAGCGAGUUGUCUUUCGUGUCCGUAGCUGACAGAGAACAAGACAAGACACGAGAGACGUACAGAUAAAGACACUCAGGUCUGAUAAAACUGUCAGCGCGGCAGAUGCACUGUAGUUUCUAUUGGCUUGCUCUCUCGUGUGGUCCGAGCUCUCUCUCUCUCCUGCACCAGCUGCUAGCAUUGUUACCUCUCCUGUCUGCAUUCACAACGAGAAACACACAAAAACCUCACCCCGUUCCUGUAGCUGAGCUGGUCAUAAAUCUACCUGUAUGUAAACGGAUGUAAAUACGGCGCUGUAACGGCACAAUGCAGUCGAGCAGAACAAAUCGACCACCUUUCUGCAUAUUGCAAAGAGGACUGUAUGACGAUUUUGGCUCGUGCUUAUAAUAUAAAUCCUCAGGUAGAUCAGUCUUCUGACAUAGAUUUCUGCAUGUUACUGUGGUAAAGCCAUACAAGAGGCACUUGUAUAUCUCAUAGGUCUAUUUUUAUAUGCGAAAAUGUAUAUGAAUUAUAUCCAACGGUGUUUUUGGUUGGAACAACAGAAUGGGUUUACGAAUGAAGACUGUUGAGUUGUUUGGGUUCAUGGUUGGGUAAAAAGAUUGACAAACCCAACCACUGGUUCAAAUUAACCAUGAAAACGUCAAUAUUUGAAGCAACAGCAGAAUUUUUGCAAGUGUAGACCUGGUCAGUGUGAGUGAAAUGUUAUUAUUUGAUCAUAUCACAGGAACUGGCAUAUAUAACAAUAUGAUUGUUUUUUCUGUAAAUUAGGAAUAAGGUCAAAUAUUUAAUAUAAUAGAGCAUGAAUGGUGUACAUUAUUACAUAGCAGAUACUGGAAAGCUGUGGUUACAAAUGCCUGAUCUGAUGUGAACUUGUGUAGCAGAACAGUGUUUUCACAAGCUUGAAUAUGCAUCGAGAGUAUUUAAAACUAAUGUAUAUUUAGCACUUAGUUUGUUUUCUUCAAACGCAUGCAUGACUCAAUAUCAGUUGCCUUAAUUUGUUCCUCAACCGUGUUACUAUGAUGUAUAUCUGAUGGACUCUGUACAGUAUGAAAUCUUUUGCAUUUUGCAAAAUGUAUCUCCAUUGAUUGCAAUGGAUCUAAAUGAACUCAAGUCCUCCAUUUCCCCCUGAGUUGGGAGGUCUUGAUAUGUCACAGCUUCUUUUUCAUCUCUGCAACCCUGACUUUUAUGUUAAAUGAAGUUCGGAUCUUCCGUCUGACUUUCUGUCUUUGUGUUCAUCACAAAAGCCAUAUACAGUCGCACAGAUCUCAGCAUCACGGGCGUGAGUGUCGCCGAUGUAUAUGGUGGAAACCAGGUUUAGAUUACCUGACUUUCGGUGAACGUGCCAAAGGCAGCAUUAAAUGUCAGCUACAUUAGAGAAUGAUGUACAUUGAGAUUCAAAUGUUUUUAAAAGGUUGAUGGAAACCAAAGUAUGUGACAUUUUAAGAUUCAAGUGUAUUGGAGACAUUUCAUUGUUUUGGAUUUGCGUGUGUAGUUAAUCUUAAUGCAGAACAGGUAAAGAGAGUAUCUUGAGAGGCGUCAGAUGUGAUGUCUGUGUCAGACUGUUGAUGUGAAUUUUUAUCAUCAUUAUGCUAUAAGAAACUUAUAAGUAUGCAAGAACACAGCAGGUCUUCGACUGUUUUCUUUUUUUCUAUUUCUCAAGUGUGCAUGAAAAGUGAACGAUUAAAUUUAUGUAUAAUCCAUAGUUUAAGUCAACAUAAAAUCUGAAUUUACUCUAUUUACUUCCUUAAUUUAUGUUCUGGUCUGAAUAAUUAAACAAUUAUUCUUCAGAUAUACAGAAGGUUUAAUAUUUAAAAAUUCACUUUAUUUACAUUAACUUUAUAGACACACUUUAUAUGUCCUAAAAUGUUAAAGCUCCAAAAAAGUUCAUUGAUUUAUCAUCAACGUUAUCCAAAUGACUUCAGUGGAAUUCAAAUACGGUGAUGCAUUGAUAACAUCAAAUCUCAUAGGUUGUUGUGUCUUGUGACUAAAGGCUUCAUUUGAUUUUCAUGAUAUUUCAAUUGAAGAAAGGAAGUCAUACAUCUGAAAUGACAUGCACGUGAGUAAAUUGUGAGAAUGUUAAUUUUUGGAUGAACUACGUCUUUAAAUCUUGCCAAAUUACACAGUAAUUUAAUUUAACAUUAGUUUGAUUAAGGUUUUAUUAAUUUCAGCAAAUGUGUUUAAUGAAAAGAUGUUAAGUCACAUGCACAUGAACUUCUCCACGUUCUGGUCAAAAAGCUCUUCAAAAGUGUGUGUGAAUACCCCAUAAUCCACUACAAACUCACUUUCAGCUCUAUUCUGUUGUGCAAAACCAAGUUUUUUCUAGUUUAACAUUUACACUUUAUUUGAAAAUGUACAUCACAUUAUUGAAGUAAAAUAGGUUGCAAGUGUGAUUCCAUGUUGACUUUUAUAACUUUACAACGAAAGUGUAAGCUGUAGCACACAAGUUCGCUCGUCUAGUCGUGCACAAGUUACAGAGAGUUUUAGUGAUGUACAGCAUUACGUCGCUCAGUGAUCUAGACCUGGUUGCCUAGUUACGAGUCAUCCAUCUUUCAUCACUCCUCAUGUUGCGUGCAUCGUGGUGUACCAUCGAUAUCAUGAAUGCAAAUGAAUUCUGUUUGCAAGUUGCACAUUUAUAACAAUGAUUGUACUUUUAUAUUUAUUUCAAAAGAUGAUAUCUAAUGAGUCACGCACAUCAGAAAUUCAAUAAAAAAAUAUU